AUGGCUACUGUUGACCACAAUCGUGGCAUCGGAAAGACCUCUGUUAUCGUGGUCAUUGUACCAUUCCCACUUCAUAGCCAUUCGAACCAGCUCUUGCAACUCUCUGUUCUCAUCUCUUCCUACAAUAUACCAGUUCAUUACGCUGGCUCUGCUUUCCACAAUUCUCAGGUUAGAGCUCGAGCUUCUAAUGCUUUGAAUUUCUCAGAAAUCCAUUUCCAUGACUUCCCAAUUCCUCCUUUCAUCCAAGACCCAACAAAAAUUCCCACUGAGAAAUUAUUCCUUCCAUAUUUCCAUGCCGUCAAACAGCUUCGCGAACCGGUUGUUGAUCUUCUUCAUGAUCUUUCAACAAAAGCAGAGGGAAUCAUCGUCAUCCAUGAUUCUAUGACCUCUUCUGCUGUACGAGAUGUUAGUUCUAUAAAAAAUGCUGAAUCCUAUAUUUUCCGAGCCAUAACUGCGUUCAGUAUUUUUUGUUUCGUUUCUUUGAAUUUGGGGAAUAAGUUUCUCCAAAUUCCAAAAGAAGCUGAAAUUGUUAAUAGUGACAACCCAAUUGAGAUUCCAUCAACUGAGGGAGAUUUUAGUGUUGAAACUGCGAAUUUCAUCGCCCACCAAAAGCAAUUUAUGAAAUCUUCAGCCGGAGAUCUCUACAAUGGUUGCAGAUUGAUAGACGGUGUUUUCCUUGACCAUCUGGUGAAGAUACAGAAAAAUAAUCAAAAGGUUUGGUCGGUUGGGCCUUUACACCAGUAUGCAAAAACAGAGAAUGGAAUUGGAAACUCCAUCAACGGCAGAGACAAAUGCUUGGAGUGGCUAGACAAACAAGAACCAGACUCUGUCUUGUACAUAUCUUUCGGAACCACGAUUUACAUGGCGGAUCAUGAUCGGCAGCUCAAAGAACUUGCAACUGGGUUGGAACUAAGCGAGACUAAAUUCAUUUGGGUAUUUAGAUCAGAUGCAGAUUAUGACAAAAAAGAAGAAAUACUCCCACAAGGUUUCGAGGAGAGAGUGAAAGGAGUGGGAAUGGUGGUGAGAGAUUGGGCUCCACAGCUUGAAAUUCUGGACCACCCAUCGACAGGUGGGUUUUUGAGUCACUGUGGAUGGAACUCAACCUUGGAGAGCAUUAGCUAUGGAGUUCCUGUAGCUGCUUGGCCCAUUGCAGUGGACCAACCCAUGAAUGCUCUGUUCAUAACAGAGGUGCUCAAAACUGGUGUGAAUAUAAAGGAAUGGGCACGCAGAGACCAAGUGGUGAGCUCCUCGGAGAUUAGCAAAGCGGUGAGGAGGUUAAUGGGUUCCGAAGAAGGAGAUAAGCUCAGGAAGAGGGCUAAAGAGUUGGGUGCCAAAGUUCGAAGUGCUACUGAUGAUGGAGGAGUUUCUCGAUUGGAAUGCGAUUCUUUCAUUGCCCAUAUUACUAGAUAG